AUGGCGAGGAGAAAUCACAUGAGCGACAAGGACGAUCAUCAAAAUGGACUCGCAGUUCCUAAACAAACAAGAGACAAGGAAGAAGAAAGCGUUACAGAUUCUCAAAGCAUCGUCAAUCCGUUUCUUGACAAAUACGCAUAUAUAAUACAACGAUACGAGCAGUGCCUUAAGUCUGCAAAAGACGUUGGAGACAGGAAAGGAGAAGGAGAGGCGUUUCGUAAUCUUGGAAAUAUCUUUUACAGCCUUGCAGAAUUCCAGAAAGCCAUAGACUAUCAUGAACAAUAUCUUACGAUCACCAAAGAAGUCGGAGACAAAGCAGGAGAAGGAAAAGCGUAUGGUAACCUUGGCAUCAACUAUGACAGUCUUGGAGAUUUCCGUAAAGCCGCAGACUACCAUGAACGACAUCUGGGGAUUGCAAAAGAAGUCGGAGACAGGGCAAUAGAGGGAAAAGUUUAUUGUAAUCUUGCCAAUGUCUAUCGCAGUCUGGGAGAAUUCCAAAAAGCCAUAGACUACAAUGAACAACAUCUCAUGAUCGCCAAAGAAACUGGAGAUAGGGCAGAAGAAGGAAUAGCCUAUGGCAAUCUUGGUACAGUCUAUCUCAAUCUUGGACAGUUCCAAAAAGCCAUAGAGUACAUUGAAUGUCAUAUUAAAAGUUCCAAAGAAGUUGGUGACAGGACAGGAGAGGGAACAGCGUAUGGUAAUCUUGGCAUCGCCUAUCGCAGUCUUGGAGAAUUUCCAAAAGCCAUACACUUCAUUAAGCAACAACUAAAGAUUGCCAAAGAAGUUGGAGACAGACCAGGAGAAGGAAACGCUUAUGGUAAUCUUGGAAACGUUUAUACUGGUCUCGGUGAUUUCAGGGGCGCAGCUGAGUGCCAUGAACGACAUCUUAAGAUUGCCAAAGAAGUCGGGGACAGGUUAGGGGAAGGAAAAGCGUAUGGUAAUCUUAGCAUCGCCUAUCGUAGUCUCGGAGAAAUCCAGAAAGCUAUCGACUAUAGUGUACAAGAUCUAAAGAUCGCUAAACAAGUAGGAGCCAGAGCAGGAGAAGCUAUAGCAUGCAGUAUUCUUGGCAACGCCUAUCGCACCAUUGGGGAAUUUCAAAAAGCUAUAGAAUACCAUGAACAAGAUCUUAUGAUUGCCAUAGAAGUCGGCGACAGAGCAGGAGAAGGAAAAGCGUGUAGUAACCUUGGCAACUGCUAUACCAGUCUUGGAGAAUACCAAAAAGCCAUAGAAUACCAUGAACGUGGUGUUAAGAUUGAGAAAGAAGUCGGAGACAGGGCAGGAGAAGGAAUUAGUUAUGGAAAUCUUGGCAACGCCUACAAAGGUACUGGAAACCUCCAAAAAGCAAUAAACCAUUAUGAAAUGUAUCUUAAGAUUGCCAAAGAAAUCGGAGAUAGGUCAGGAGAAGGAACAGCGUACGGUUGUCUUGGCAACGCCUAUGAUGAUAUUGGAGACUUUCAGAAAGCCAUCGACUUCUACGAACAACAUCUCAAGAUUGCAAAAGCGGUCGGAGACAGGAUACAAGAAGGAAAAGUGUAUAGUAAUAUUGGCAGCGUCUAUGACAGUCUUGACGAGUUGGAAGAAGCCAUUCAUUACUAUGAAAACAGUGUCAAAACGUUCAACCACAUCAGGAGUAACCUUAUAUCUAAUGAUGAGUGGAAGAUAAGCCUACGCAAUACGUACGAUGAAGCUCAUUCGAAGCUAUGGCGGCUGCUGUUAAAGCAAGGCAAAGUUGUCGAGGCACUUUUAACCGCUGAUCAGGGCCGCGCACAAGCCUUGAAUGAUCUUCUUGAAAUCAAGUACGGACUUAAAGGAUCACGUCGAGAAAUAGGAACACUGACUGCAACUACCCCUGACGUCCUUAAUUAUCUGCCAUCAAAUACAAUUUUCAUCGGAAUCAACGAGGAAGGAAUAAUUUUUUGGGUGAACGAAAGAGGAAAAGAAGUCAGGUCUAGAAGAAGGCAGAUUGAUGCUCCCGUCACGAAUUAUCUUCUUUCUCUGUUGGAGACAACACAAGAGAAAAUUGGUGUGAAUGAUGAUGUUUAUUGUGAAGAUGUUUAUUGUGCUCCCGUCACGAGUUAUCUUCUUUCUCUGUUGGAGACAACACAAGAGAAAAUUGGUGUGAAUGUUGAUGUUUAUUGUGAAGAUCGCUCAUUAAGGAACCCGAGAGAUGAACAGCGAGCAGAAGAAAGAGUUACCAGACCAAGAUCUCAUCCCUCGAGUCUUGAGACAAAUCCGUUACAAACAUUAUACAAUAUUUUUAUAGACCCUAUCAGAGACCUACUACAGGGAGAUGAAGUUGUGCUCGUUCCUGAAGGCCCUAUGUUUUUGGCACCUUUUGCUGCUUUUAUGGACCGAGAUUCAAAGUACCUUUGCGAAUCAUUCAGAAUCCGACUGCUUCCCUCCCUUUCUAGUCUGCAAUUAAUCUCAAAUUGCCCAGACGACUGGCACAGUGCGACUGAUGCUCUUCUCGUCGGCGAUCCGUGGGUAGAGGAAGUAGGUCGAGAUCAGUUGGAGUGGGCUGAGAAGGAAGUGAAGAUGAUUGGGGAAAUUCUUCAAACUGAGCCUCUUAUCGGAAAACAGGCAACAAAAGAUGAAGUUUUAAGACGCAUCUCCUCGGUUGAAUUGGUGCACAUUGCCGCUCACGGUCAAAUGGACACAGGAGAAAUUGCCUUGGCCCCCAACUUGGCACGAUCAUCCUCGAUUCCCGUCAGAGAGGACUAUGUCUUAACUAUGAAGGAUGUUUUAAAGGCGCAGAUUAGCGCAAGACUUGUUGUGCUUAGUUGCUGUCAUAGUGCUCAUGGAGAGGUCAAGGCUGAGGGCGUGGUUGGAAUCGCGAGGGCGUUUUUGGGUGCUGGUGCUCGUUCUGUUCUGGUAUCCCUGUGGGCGAUUGACGACGAGGCUACUAUGGAGUUCAUGAAACAUUUCUACCGACAACUUGUCAAUGGAAGGAGGGCUGGUGAGGCCUUGAAUGAAGCCAUGAAAUCCUUGAGAGAAUCUAACCGCUUUAGCAGAGUGAAGUAUUGGGCGCCGUUUGUUCUUAUUGGCGAUGACGUAACGCUCGAGUUUUAGGGGUUAAAUAACUGGCAAGGUAUGCAGGGUUUUAUUUCAGUUAAGAUCUUUGAGAAAUUAUUUAUUUAUUAUUUCUAUCAGGAGUUUUGAAAACGGACCGCGGAAGAUUGCACCUAUUUGACUGAAAAGAAGCCUGACAGAAGAAGUCUUUUUUGGCAAUAACGUUUUCAAAUUAAAAAUCCAGCGAGAUUUUUUUAUUUAUUUACCAAGAUGAUUUCAUGUACAAAAAUAAAACAAUAUAAAAGUGGACAAGAAUAUAGGAUGGACAUGGAUUCAAACUUGACAAAAUGGACCAAUUUUCGCGUUUUCAUGAUAUGCCUGCAAAAACCACCAGAAAAUGUUCUAUGGUUAGUGCUCCUUGAUGAAAUUUUUUUGGAUAUCAUAAGUUUUUAGAAGUCAGCAGGAGCAUUUUACGUAUAGGUUAAGGUACUAAGUAAUACUUUUAGCACAUAAUUUAGCUAAAAUAGCAACAUCUUCGCGACACAAUGAGCCCCUUUAAAUGAUACGAUGAAGUGCCAAGUUUUUAAUUUCUGUUUAUAAAGAUCUAACAGGCUUAAAAGAUUUUUUUCACUGGUUACAGUUCACUACCUUUAUCAGUUCUCCUACCUUGUUAACAUUGCUUCCUACUGUUUGUGUUGUGUAGGUACCACAGUUACAAAAGCAAAUACAGAGAAGCAAGACCUGGAUUUUCUUUUAAAGAUGAAGUUAGUUUCCGGCUGCUGAGUGGAGACUUCCUCUCAAAGAUAGGAUUUCUUUAUCCCUGAGGAGAGAUUGAUUGUUG